AUGGAGAGUGUGAUGGAGAAUAUGCUGAACUUCAUGCAAGGGAUGCACCUAACAGGUCAGGCUAGUCUCCGAACUCCUGAUUUCGUUGAUAGAUUUCAACGGUUGAAUCCACCUAUCUUUCGAGGCAAAGCAGGAGCCGACCUAAGUGAGAGCAAAUAUUGGAUUGAGCAAAUUGAGAAAAUCUUUAAUUUUAUCGGUUGCGGCGAGGGGGAAAAAGUAGGUUGUGCCACUUUCAUGCUUCAAGAUGAAGCAGAUCAGUGGUGGAAGACCAUGCAAAGGACCCUACAAGGAUCCAGGCGACAAGGUACGCCAAUUGUUACAUGGGCACAAUUUAAGGAAUUGUAUUAUGCUAAGUAUUUCCCUUUAUGUAAGAAAAUGGAAAAGGCCCGGGAGUUCAUGGAUUUGAAGCAAACUGGAGACAUGUAUGUUACCCAAUAUGAAGAUCAUUUUACUCGGCUGAUCAAGUACAUGCCCAUUUACAAUUUGGAUGAGGAAGCAAAAGCUCAAAAAUUCCUUGGAGGGAUGAAGUUGGAAAUUCAGCUAGCAUUAAACUCUUUGGGGACAUGUACUUACGCGGAGGUGGUUUCACAAGCCUUGAUUGUGGAAAGAAAUCUCCACCGAAUGAAUUCCCUAAGAACGGAGAUCCAGGAACCCAAGGACAGAAAACUUGGGAAAAAACAUGAUCUUAGGGUUCGAAAAGAAAAUUUCAAAAAUAGGGAGAACUGUCCUAGAUGCCAAAAAUUUCAUCCGAGAAAACCUUGUGAAAGAAGGAACCCAAGGUGCUAUACAUGUGGAGGAAAGGACCACAUAUCUCGAGAUUGCUCGAAAGGACCCAUGUGUUUCAAUCGUCGAUAG